CGGCAGGCCGGUAAAAAUCAAGGUGACUCCAAGAAAAUGGCUCCUCCCCCAAAGGAGGUAGAAGAAGAUAGUGAAGAUGAGGAAAUGUCAGAAGAUGAAGACGAUGAGAGCAGUGGAGAAGAGGUUGUUAUCCCUCAGAAAAAAGGCAAGAAGGCUACCACGACUCCAGCAAAGAAGAUGAUGGUUUCCCCAACAAAAAAGGUUGCAGUUGCCACACCGGCAAAGAAAGCAGUUGUCACCCCUGGCAAAAAGGCAGCAGCUAUGCCAGCCAAGAAGACAGUUACACCUGCCAAAGCAGUGGUAACACCUGGCAAAAAGGGAGCCACCCCAGGCAAAGCAUUGGUAGCAACCUCUGGUAAGAAGGGAGCAGCUGCCUCAGGCAAGGGAGCAAAGAACAGCAAGAAUGCCAAGAAGGAAGACAGUGAUGAAGAAGAUGACAGUGAAGAGGAAGACGAUGAAGAUGAAGAGGAGGAUGAACCAGCAGUGAGGAAGGCAGCUGCUGCUUUUGGUGCUGCUCCUGCCACAGAUGAUGAGGAUGACGAGGAUGAGGAGGAGGAGGAGGAGGAGGAGGAUGAGCAGGAUGAAUAUGACUCUGAAGAAGAACCUAUGGAGAUUGUACCAGCCAAAGGAAAGAAAGCUCCAGUAAAAGCUGUUCCUGUGAAGGCCAAGAGUGCUGCUGAAGAUGAAGAUGAAGAGGACGAUGAUGAUGAAGAGGAGGAGGAAGAGGAUGACGAUGAUGAAGAGGAGGACGAUGACGAGGAGGAAGAAGAGGAUGAGGAGGAGGAAGAAGAGGAGGAAGAGGAAGAAGAGCCUGUCAAAGAAGCACCUGGAAAACGAAAGAAGGAAAUGGCCAAACAAAAAGCAGCUCCUGAAGCCAAGAAACAAAAAGCGGAAGGCACAGAACCAACUACAUCUUUCAAUCUCUUUGUUGGAAACCUGAACUUCAAUAAAUCUGCUCCUGAAUUGAAAACAGAUAUCAGUGAUCUUUUUGCUAAAAAUAAUCUUGCUGUUGUCGUUGUCAGAAUUGGUGUGUCUAGGAAGUUUGGCUCUGUGGAUUUUGAAUCUGCCGAAGACCUGGAAAAAGCCUUGGAACUCACUGGUUUAAAAGUCUUUGGCAAUGAAAUUAAACUAGAAAAACCAAAGGGAAAAGACAGUAAGAAAGAUCGAGAUGCAAGAACACUUUUGGCUAAAAAUCUGCCUUACAAAGUUACUCAGGAUGAAUUAAAAGAAGUGUUUGAAGAUGCUGUGGAGAUCAGAUUAGUCAGCAAGGAUGGAAAGAGUAAAGGGAUUGCUUAUAUUGAAUUUAAGACAGAAGCUGAUGCAGAAAAAACCUUGGAAGAAAAGCCGGGAACAGAGAUAGAUGGGCGACCCAUUUCUCUGUACUACACCGGAGAGAAAGGUCAAAGUCAAGACCAUAGAGGGGGAAAGAAUAGCACUUGGAGUGGUGAAUCAAAAACCCUGGUUUUAAGCAACCUCUCCUAUAGUGCAACGGAAGAAACUCUUCAGGAAGUUUUUGAGAAGGCAACUCAUAUCAAGGUGCCCCAGAACCAAAAUGGCAAAUCUAAAGGGUAUGCAUUCAUAGAAUUUGCUUCAUUUGAAGAUGCUAAAGAAGCUUUAAAUUCAUGUAAUAAAAGGGAAACUGAGGGCAGAGCCAUCAGACUGGAGUUGCGAGGACCAGGGGAUCACCUAAUGCAAGAAGCCAGCCAUCCGAAACUCUGUUUGUCAAAGGUUUCUCUGAGGAUACCACAGAAGAGACGUUAA